AUGCCUCAAUUAGAUGGUUUAAUAAUUCAAUCGCAAAUAAAUUUUUUAAUCUUUUUCUUUAUAAUUUAUUUCUUUUUUUUAAAGUAUAUUUUACCUUUAAUUAGUUUUUAUAUGAAAUUAAAACAUAAAUUAAUAAUUUCUAAUUUGGUUUGGUUUAAUAAAAAUUUUUCAUUAUUAGUUUUUUACCGUAAAUUUUUUUUAUUUAGUCUAUUUAAAUUAGUUAAUUUGUUUAAAAUUGUUGGUUUUCUUAAAAAUAAAACAUUUAUUUUUUUUAAUUUAUACUUAAUGGAUUAUUUAACGGUAAAUCAUUCUUUAAGUAAAAAAAAAAAUUAA